UUGAAAGCAACGUACAGCGGAUCAGAGUGGAAGAGGUUGCGCGUUAGGAGUGCAGUUUAUUGAGGUGCGAGUGUGUGCAACGAGUUUAGGAAGGGAAAGGAAAGGGAGUUUAGAAAUGGCCGCUGUUAGUAGUGGUCGUGGUGUAAUGGAUCUGAAUAUAGUUUUGGAGAACGAUGUAGAGGAUCUCUUCAAGAAAUUGUAUCCGGCCGUAAAUGAGGAAAAGACUCCGUUGCCACGGGCAUGGAGCCCGAAGGAGAAGUACAACUACAUCGGACUGUCCCAGAACAAUCUUCGUGUGCAUUACAAAGGACAUGGUAAGACGCACAGGGAUGCUGCGAGUGUUCAGGCGACCCAUCCGAUACCAGCCUCGUGCGGAUUGUACUAUUUCGAGGUGAAAAUCGUGAGCAAGGGCCGAGAUGGAUACAUGGGCAUCGGCCUCUCCGCUCAUGGCGUCAAUAUGAACCGUCUGCCAGGAUGGGACAAGCAAUCCUACGGUUACCACGGCGACGACGGCCACUCGUUCUGUUCUUCCGGGACGGGACAACCUUACGGUCCAACCUUUACCACCGGCGACAUCAUCGGUUGCGGGGUCAACCUCAUCGACAACACAUGUUUCUAUACCAAAAAUGGGCAUCAUCUAGGCACAGCAUUCACAGAUCUACCUCCUAAUUUAUAUCCUACAGUAGGUUUACAGACGCCAGGGGAAGUGGUGGACGCGAACUUCGGACAAGAGCCCUUUGUGUUCGACAUUGAAGAUAUGAUGAGAGAACUCAGAUCUCGUACCAGACUCUCUAUCUACGAUUUUCCAGUGCCCGAGAGUCAAGGGGAAUGGCAAGCCAUAUUAAAUAAAAUGGUCUCAACAUACUUAAUACACCACGGCUACAGCAACACCGCCGAGGCUUUCGCGAGCAUAACAGACCAAUCUUUCAAUGAAGAUAUUAUUUCGAUAAAGAAUCGACAAAGAAUUUUAAAAUUAGUUUUAGCUGGUAGGAUGGGCGAAGCGAUCGACAAGACUAUUAGAGUUUAUCCAGGGUUAUUAGAGAACAAUCAGAAUCUGCUUUUCAUGCUCAAGUGUCGCCAGUUCGUCGAGAUGGUCAACGGGACGGACGUGGAGGUCUGUCCGAGACGCAACCUGGGCGUGUAUUCGCCUACAUACACGUCGCCCAGCAGUCCCAUCCAGACGUCCGUCAUCCAGUCGACGAAGAGCUUCAGUAGCAGCAAUAAGACUACGAGUAAAGUGGAAGAACUGAAUCAAAAUAAUGUCGCCAUGAACGGCAGCAGCAACAAUUGCGCUGGCGACACACCUGUGAUACGGUCCGUCGAGGACGGAGACGUCGACAUGGACCUAGGGGACGUGGGCUGCGACGUGCAGAACGGCCACGGCGGUUCUUGCACGAACGGCAAAGCCAGCAGCAACGGAUACCAAAAUGGCAACAGCCACCUCAUUAGCAAUACCGCCAUCGGCUGUCUGGGACAGGAGAACUUUGACAACGAGGACGAGGAAAUGGAUGUGGACGCAUCGCCAAAUCGGAAGUGCUGCAAGCCGGCCGUAGAGAGAAUCCUAGAGUUUGGUAAGGAGUUGUAUAGUAUGAGCCAAAGGUUGUCCAGCGAGCAAGGCGAUAGUGAAACGAAUCAAAAGAUGCUGGAAGAUGCAUUUAGUUUAUUAGCUUAUUCGAAUCCGUGGGCGAGUCCUGUUGGCUGGCAAUUGGAUCCCAUCCAACGAGAGACGGUCUACGCCUCCCUGAACUCAGCUAUCUUAGAAUCUAGUAAUAAGCCAAGGAAGCCGCCGUUGGAAGUGGCAAUGGCUCACGCGCAAGAGUUGGUCUGUUUAAUGGCGUCCGCUGGUCUUGGGUCAAGUGCCUUCGCCUCCAUCACAGAUUUAUUGGAGCACUGAUAACAAAAGAAAAAUCAUCCCAAGCCAACUCGCCCAUCCCAAAUCCCACGCCCCCCUUUUAUCUACAUUUAAUAUAAUUAAUUAUAUAAACAAAUACAAACAAAAACAAAAUACAAAAAAAAAAAUACAAUUAUAAAUAUAUAUAUAUAUAGACUGCCAGCCCGAGAGCCGACGUAGUUAUUUCUAUGCCACCACUUGUCAUAUGUCUACAACUAAAAAGAGAAUACAGAGAGAGCAGCACGUUUACAAAUUUAAUAAAAUUUCUUCAAUUAUC